CCGGGGGAGCCCCGGGGCGGGGCCGGGGCCGGGGCGGAGCCGGUCGCAGCUCCCCGUUCAGGUGCCACAGCGGCCGGCCUGGCUCGGCUCGGCUCGGCUCGGCCCAGCCCGGCGCCAUGGCGGUGGUGGCGGUGGACAGCAACUUCCCCCGCUCCCCGCGGGGUGCCGUGAAGCUCGGCCGCACGCUGGUGGCGUUUGUAACCUUCCUCUGCUUCGUGGCCUCCCGCUCCCACGGGGCCUACACCGCGCUGGCCGUGGCAGAGGUGGUCAUCACGGCGCUGUUCUUCCUGCUGUACUUGCUAAAGCUCGAUAAAAAGAUGGGCUGGCUGUUCUGGCCGUUGGCUGAUAUUUUCAACUCAGUGAUUGCAGCAUUAUUCCUCCUCAUUGUGUGCCUGUUUGCGAUAAUAAUCAAGACCAACAAUGGGACACUGGCUGGAGGGGUGUUUGGUCUUGUAUUGCUUGUUCUCUGUAUUGUGGAUGCGGUUCUUCUUUUCCAGAAGAUUAGCCUUGAUGGACCAAGAGGAAGGAAUACUCCUGCAAAAUAAUCUUAUCAUUUUACUAAAAAAAAAGAACGAUUUCUCCACUGCUGACUGUUUUGCUGUUCUCUUUUAAAGAAUUUGUAUUUUCAUGUGUUCAACUUUGAAUUUCCCGGUGCAUUUAUGUACAUUUUUGCAAGUUUUGUUACAAUUUUUCUUACAUUUACAAAUGUAGUUUCAGUGUUGCAAUUUCACUGGUAUGAGCUUCAGAGAAAAUUGUCUUGUUUUUUUAAACUUAAUUACAUUUUUCACCUGUAUGAAAAUUAUUUUCGUACUUGUCUUUCUGUAAUAAAAAGAAAAUAGAAAUAGG